CCAGGAAGUGCUCUUGUCACACAAAGCGGAAGCACAAUUUUUUAACUGAACCCCAAAAGUGUUUUGGCAGUCAAGAAGAAAAGAGCGUAAAAGAGGAACAACACUGAUAUAAGUCACAGUGCACCGCACGGAGAGGAGGUCGUCAUUCGUCGCUGGUAAAUUUGGUUACUCCACCACAAGCUGCCAUAUUUGCUUGUUCCCACUGGAAGACUGAUCCUUGACCCCACUGACCACCAAGAGUACCAGUUUGUUCAGAGUUGGCACCUGUCCGUAACAUCCUGUGAGCGCAUAGUUUCCCUCAAUAUCAGUCUCUCUCUGUCAAUGGCUGGUCGCAGUGCAACAACAACCAGGCCCAAUGGCGCCACGGCAACAAACAAAAUCUGCCAAUUCAAACUGGUGCUGUUGGGGGAAUCAGCAGUGGGCAAGUCCAGCUUAGUGCUGCGCUUUGUCAAAGGCCAGUUCCACGAAUUCCAAGAGAGUACCAUUGGAGCUGCCUUUCUCACUCAGACAGUCUGUCUGGACGACACCACUGUGAAGUUUGAGAUCUGGGACACAGCGGGUCAGGAGCGUUACCACAGCCUGGCUCCAAUGUACUACAGAGGAGCACAGGCGGCCAUUGUUGUCUAUGACAUUACCAACACAGAUACUUUUGCACGAGCAAAAAACUGGGUGAAGGAGCUGCAGAGACAAGCAAGUCCCAACAUUGUGAUCGCGCUGGCAGGCAAUAAGGCAGACAUUGCAAACAAGAGAGCUGUGGAGAUUCAGGAGGCACAAGCAUAUGCGGAUGAAAACAAUCUACUCUUCAUGGAGACCUCAGCCAAGACUUCCAUGAAUGUUAAUGAAAUUUUCAUGGCUAUUGCUAAGAAGCUACCGAAGAACGAUGCUCAGGGCGGAGCCGGGCAGAGCGGACGAACCCGGACAGGAGUGGAUCUACAAGAACCCGCCCCUCAGGGUCGCAGCGGCCGUUGCUGUGGCAGCGGCAAUUAGGCAGUACAGAGCAAUGAACAUUGUUUUAAGGACAACACGUAGCUAAGCCCAGAGAGGCAGGAGAGAGCAGAGCCCCUCGCCACUCCUGCACUUAAACUGAGAUUACAGAUGAGAUUAUCUGGAUGCUCUUUGAAUAAAGGAACAUUCUUUUAAAAAGAAUCAUAAGCUAGAGGGAACUACCAGAAUCCCUCAUUACUUCUUUCCUGUCUUUCCCCUGUGUAUCUCUACCUCCCUGUUACCCUUCACCCUUUCUACCAGCUGAUUGAAUUCUAUCUUUUUGGGGUGAUAUUGAGGAAUUUGUUUUAUUGUAUUCUUUUUUUCCACAAUUUAAGGAUGUGUUUUUAUGGUCUGCAUGUAUGUAGCAUAUACACAUACAGUAUACAUGUAUGUGUGUGUGCGCGCGCAUAAACACACAUACAUGCAGUUAUUUUUUUUUCCUCUUCUGUCAUGUCUUUAUCAUCAUUAUGAAAGAUGUAAAUGCCCCGCUAUUAAUUAUAGCACCGCAAUUCUUCUCUUUUGGGACCUGGACUUGACACAGUUAAAAGAAAAGCUGAGCGGCCACACGCUGCAGCUGUUUCUGAACUGUGCAACCGAUGCAGUCGUUUAAAUUAAUUGUACAUUGAUAUCUGUAACACCACAGUUGUUUGCCUUUUUUAAAUGAAAUGUGAGGGAGAAGUCUGCAAAUCUAAAUGUAAUAAAUAACGUACAAGA